ACUGGGUCUGCCGAAGUGGUGCGAAGCGGCUGAAUCCCACCACUGGAAAGACCCCAUUCACAUCCAAACUCCAGAAGGGUCCAGAUGUUCUGGAUCAGCUGAGAGGCCCUUCACCACCAAGUUGCUCGCCCACAUUAAUCACGCUGCAAAUCAGGAAGCAGAGCCCUGCUGAGAAGUUCACCCGUAUCCUGACCACAGUACAGAGAACAACGCCUACAAGCGUGCAGAGUUUAUAAUCUCUGCCCGCACACGGGGGGAACCCUGAACAAUGGAUGCUCGAGAAGGGGUAGCACGGCUAGAGAUUUCCACCCGUGACCCCCAAGAGGACUUUGAACUUCUCCAGCGGGUUGGUGGAGGGACCUAUGGAGAAGUCUAUAAGGCAAGGAGCAGAGAGUCGGGAAAGCUGUCUGCUAUCAAAAUUGUAAAGAUGGAAGCAGAUGAUGAUUGCGUUGCUAUCCAACAAGAGAUCGUGAUGGUGAAAACCUGCAAACAUCAGAACAUCGUCGCUUACUACGGGAGUUACAUCCGGUUUAAGAAGCUGUGGAUUUGCAUGGAGUUCUGUGCGGGAGGUUCUCUUCAAGACAUCUAUCAAGUCAUGGGCCCCUUGUCUGAGCUACAGAUUGCUUAUAUCUGCCGAGAAACUUUACAAGGUUUGUCUUAUCUUCACAACCAAGGCAAGAUCCAUCGAGAUAUAAAGGGGGCGAACAUUCUUCUCAAUGACCAGGGGGAAGUAAAACUGGCUGAUUUUGGAAUCUCAGCUCAACUGAGUGCCACCUUUGCCCGCCGAAUGUCUUUCAUUGGGACCCCUUACUGGAUGGCCCCUGAAGUGGCGGCUGUGGAACUGAAAGGGGGCUACAACGAACGGUGUGACGUGUGGUCGGUGGGCAUCAUGGCAAUUGAGCUGGCUGAGUUGCAGCCCCCCAUGUUUGAUAUGCAUCCUUUGCGGGUGCUGGUGUUGAUGACCAAGAGUGGCUACCAGCCUCCAAAGCUAAAAGAGAAGGCCCGGUGGUCCCCAGCCUUCCACAACUUUGUCAAGGUGACACUUACCAAAAGUCCCAGGAAACGGCCGAGCGCCUCCAAGAUGCUGACGCACCAGUUUGUAACCCAGGCAGGGCUGACGCGGAGCCUGACCCUUGACCUCUUGGAGAAAGUGCACAAUCCUGACCAGCUCCCCAGAGGUGAGACGGAAGAAGAGGACCAAGAGCUGCCUCCACCCCCAGUGCCCCGAAGAAUUCGCUCUAGUCAGCGGCAAGGCGUGACUUCUCCAGGAUACGCUGGUGCCCAGGAACCCAAUUUCAGCCCUGUCUUCCGAAGAAAACAAAGUCUGGGGUCUUCAAAAUCGAUGGAGAUCAUGCUAGACCCAGGCUACAGUACGAUGGACAACCCUGGAUCUGACUUCAGCAGCAGGAAGAAAGUAGUUGACUCAGACUACGAUGAUGUGGAUAUUCCCAGCAGAUCAGACCUAAUCAGGGACACUCAACCGGCCAAUCUCCCACCCCCAUUACCCCCCAAGCCCAGUGUCUGGCUCUCCUCGGACGAAAGGGCAGCAGGUCGAUCCCGUGGCCCCUCUCCUGCCAAAUCCCUCGUCCGGGGACGGUGCUCCAGCGGCCCCAUCCUGAGCUGGCCCUCGCCCCAGAGUAAUUCCGGGAGAGCUGAAGCUUCCCAUCUCACUGCCAAAUCAGUCCCAGAGCUGCGUUCAGAUCCCUCGGAAGAGAGGCCACCCAGCCUUCCUCCUAAAUUGGAGAGGAGACAGAAACCAGACAGGGUUCUCUUCAAGAAGGUCUUCAACGAGUGUCCCUUGCACCUCACCUCGGCCACCGCUUGGACCCAUCCACACACCAACGAGCUGCACUUAAUUCUGGGGGCCGAAGAAGGCAUCUUCACCUUGAACCGGAGUGAGACGGAGCCUGCCCUAGAACUGCUUUAUCACAGCCGAACGACGUGGGUCUAUUGCAUAGCAAACGUGCUCAUGUCCCUUUCGGGCAAGGUUCCCCAGCUCUUCUCCCACAAUUUACUGGGUCUGCACGAGCAGAGCAAGAGAGACCAGCGCCUGGCGGUGUCCCUUUCCCCACACCGACUAUUACCCAGGAAAAACAUCACCACCACCAGGAUUCCUGACACGAAGGGAUGCCAGAAAUGUUGCACAGCCAGGAAUGCCCAGAACAAUUGCCACUUUCUCUGUGGAGCAUUAGAGGCGGGGGUGAUUCUAUUGCAAUGGUAUGAACCCAUGCAGAAAUUCAUGCUGGUCAAGUACUUCGAUUUUCCUCUGCCUUCUGUGCUGCCCAUCUUCGAGAUGCUAAUAACCCCUGACGAGGAAUAUCCGGUGGUCUGCAUUGGGGUCAGCAAGGGCCCCCCAGGACAGGCCGUGCAGUUCCAAGUCAUUAACCUCAAUUCCUUAACCUCCUGGUUUAUCAGCGACAAAAGUGAGCCUUCCUGCUGUGGCUUCGUCCAGGUGACUCAGUUGGAUAACAAGUCGGUGAUGGUUCUGAUGGACGGAUGCAUCCAAUUUGUCAGCCUCCGGGGGGUGCUGCUUGGAUCCCCACCGAAACUCACCUUUGACGUAGCGGUUGAGUCAGUCGCACUGGUGCAGAACUGCGUGCACGCGUUUUGGUGCCAUGGUGUGCAGACACGGCCCCUUGGACCAGGGCAGGUAGCACAGAAACUGCAGGAUCAACAGUGGACCUUCCGCCUACUGAGACCCUCCAGCACCAUUGUAUUAGAGACGCGGCCAGUGAAUAACCCACAUUCCACCAGCAAUCUUUACGUGCCCGAAUGACGACGGUCCCACCUCAACCUGUAGGUUGCCCAGACUGACAAUCUCCCACCCUCCGAAACUGAUUCCUCAAAGAAGAACAAGUGAUGGGGAAGAGGACUCUCUGUCAGAUGCUUCAGGAAGCUGGCAAGACAGGACUGGAAGUGGGAAAUUGCCUAGCCCAACCCCUCAGCAGCUUCACCCUGGAGCAGCAAGGGGCAUCAAUGCCCUGGUUUUAUGCUUCUCUUUACGCGCCAUUCAGCCUCAGUAAACAGUAUGUUCAGUUUUUCGUUCCUCUGAAAGAUU